GUGUAGGAAGGAUCACAAUUUGGUCUCUAUAUCUAAAUGGGUUAUCUAUAACCCUGGCAGUACACGGAUUAUUGUUGUAAAAUUAGGUUAUAAUAGGUUAUAUUAUACAGUAAUGUCCACGUGACGUUAUAUCAUGUGACGAAAUUGGUGUUGAUAUCACAGGUAGUGAAGCGAGCACUCCACAACAUACAACAUGGAAACAGAGCCGCUCCUGCAAAAGGUGGAGGACACUCCGGAAUCUGGAGUAAAGAAAUCUCAGAUCAAGAAUCUCUUGUUUGGCAAUAUGAUAUUAUUCAUAUUAACACUAGGGGCGUCGAUGUACUCGCCAGUGAUGAGCCAAUAUCUCUACAAACGGGUGACGGAGGACGUGUUCAGUAACCACACGGUGGCGGGGAAAGGCCCAAUGAAUCAAACAUGUUACCUGAACACAUCCAACCCAGACUAUAUCCUUCAGGAGAAGUCACAGCAGAUCGCUGCAGCCAAACAAAUGCAGUUUACAAUCAUGAAAAGCAGUCUAGCCGUCAUCACCAACAUCAUGCUUGGUUCCUAUUCGGACUCUAUUGGUCGUAAGCUCCUCUUUGCUGCUCCUCUGACUGGCCACUGUUUGAGAUUUGGAUUUACAGCAGUCAUUAUCUACUGGAAGUUGGAUAUCAAUUGGUUUUUUAUAUCAGAAGGGAUAGACGGUCUAACAGGGGGCUACUAUGCUAUAUUGCUUGCAUCGUACGCCUAUGCUGCUGACAAUACUCCGGCGACAGGUGCUCGAACCAUGGGCAUAGCCUUCGUGGAGUUCUUUCAGAACAUAGGAUCUGCUGCCUCAUCAACAGCAGCUGGCUACUUCAUCCAAGACGUGAACUUCUUCUACCCGGCACUGACUGCCACACUCAUCGUUCUCGUGGACGUUAUCCUGGUGGUGACACUGCUGCCUGAGAGAAGGGGGAUUAAAAGACCGAAGAACAGUUGGAUUACACCUCUUGAAGGAUGUCGUCGAGUGUUCGGAUUUUAUAUUUUGGAGGGCAGUAAACGGAAGCGAAUAUGUUUCAUAUUAGCUAUCUUGAUAUUCGUUUUCACUGCCUUGCCAGGCGUGGGGGCGUCUAAUAUUGAAACACUAUUCAAACUGAACCUUCCAUUGUGCUGGACCCCUGAGAAAAUAGGUUACUAUAGUACAAUAAGCUCUGUGGCACAACAGGUGAUCGGUGUCCCGUUGACGCGACUGUUACAGUGUUGCUGUAUCGAUGAGGUGAUAGGAGUGAUUGGUUCUCUGGCGAUAGGUGUAGCAGACAGCCUACAGUCUAUUGCAAGCACAGACUGGAUGAUGUACGGAGUUGCCAGCAUCAAAACCCCUGCUGCCACGUUGUUCCCAAUUGUUCGCUCCAUCUUGUCCCGGUUGGCUCCAGCUAACAAACAAGGUUCCCUCUUCGCCAGUAUAGCAGUGGUGGAGACGAUGUGCUCGCUGGUGGGGACUCCUAUCUUCAGCAGCAUCUACCAGGACACGGUGGUGGUGUGGAGAGGGAUGGUCUUCAUCUUCUUGGGAGGCACACAUGUUGUCGGUGCUAUUGUUCUUGUGAUCUAUAUAUUCGUGUCAAAACCGAUCAGACAAAACGGCGAUGUUCCGCAGGCUUCGCGCGAUCGCGAUGUUCAACAGGUUCAACCAGGUGUUCCACAUGUUCAGCGCGUGGUCACAGUGCACAAAGGGACACAGACAGACAUAACCGGAGAUCCAACAAUGCACGAGCAUGCGCGGUCGGUGGCAGGCCAGGAGGUGACAGAGAUCACCCAGGCUAGCAUACACGUACAUGUUCAGUCGGCGUAUGGCAAUGAGGAUGGACCGCUUAUUAAAACAGCCGAGUAGCUGGUGUUCAUUUUCACGACGCCGGUAAAAGGCUUGCCUUUGUCAAGAGUUGAAAUGAUCCCCUUAGGCCAUUGCACUUGAAUGACAGACGCUAUAUACAAAAAAAUAUCCCAAAGUGCUUUCAUUAUAUGUUUGUUAUGCACGCUGUAUGUGAGUUAUUUUAUUGCUCACGUCAUAAAGUUCCGAUGAAUGACUGUUCAAUUAUCUCACGAUGCUCUGUGGGGAUUUGGGGGCAGACUAGAUCCCCAGUAUAUCUUGCUUGUGGUAAAAUUAAACUGUUUUGUGUCUAACAUGGCUAAAUCGCUGGGUUUGAUGCUCGUGGUUUGACCCACUACAGUGUACAGGUCGCCGAGCUAUAGCUGCAUAUUGUUGACUGCCGGGAUAUGCAUAUGUCAGUCACGUACUCGCUGCUAGUUCUACAAAUGGUAGAUGACCUAAAUGUGAUUUAGGUGCCGUUGAAUACAUUAAUUCUAACCCAGCAUGAGUAUUCCGGAGAAGGAUAGUCCCCAGCAUUCAAUGCUUGUCGUGUGUGCUGACAGAGUGUAAGGGAUGCAAUGAUCAGGCUGUGUGAUGUUUAAUGCAAAUGUUUAAUUUUUUUAAUAAAGGUGUAUAUGUAUUU